AUCCCCGGAGUUUUGGAAAUACCCCAAAGACCCUCUGACCCAAUUGGGUUUCAGUCCAUGCAUUUCUCAUUCCAGCCUCCCGGAUGGUCUCCACUGUCUCGGUCAUGUGAUUGCCUGCUGUCUGUGCCCAGUCUCACAGACCCGUGCAGGAGAGGAGCAUCUCUCAGUUGUGCGGCUGCAGAGAGAUAGGCACCUGUCGCAUGGACUGACGCCUGCAGACAAACACAUCCAGGACAAGUGAGGAAGACUUCCUCAGCUUCGGAAAGGCUGCAACUGCAGGUGAUGGGUACACUUCGGGACCUCCAGUUCGCCCUGCAACUGAAGAUUGAGGAGCUUCGCCAGAGGGACACACUCAUAGAUGAGUUAGAGUUGGAGUUGGAUACAAAGGAUGAACUCAUCCGGAGACUGCAGGAAGAACUGGAUCGCUACAGAGCAUCGGUCUCCCUCCCAGGAUCCUCUGCAGCCAGUGCAGCUUGCUCAGUUCAAAGUGAGGACUCGCAGAGAUCCAAUAGGAAAACAGUCAUCUCUGAGCCCUUCAGUCUGGACCCAGUGACUCUCGCCAUGGUUUCACAAAGAAUCUGUGAUAAAAGCAAAGAGUCUCAGACGCUGAUUCAGGCAGCGUUUUUAAAGAACGCCUUGUUGAAAAACCUUGACGAAGGAGUAAUCAGAGACAUCAUAGCCUGUAUGUGUCCCUCCACCAUCAAUCAGGGCUGUUACGUCGUUCAGGAGGGGGCCAUUGGAGCUCAGGCUUAUGUUCUAGAAGAAGGGCGCCUGGAUGUGACAAAAGACGGCUUGAAGCUUCUCACGAUUGAGCCAGAAGACAUGUUUGGAGAGCUGGCUCUCCUCUACAACUGCACACACACCUACUCUGUCUCAGCACAGAUGGACUGCAAGCUGUGGGUUAUCGAUCGCAAAAGCUACCAGACUAUACUUAUGCAGAGCGGUCUCAACAGCCUUUCUCAUGCAAUGCAGCUGCUUAGCAGCAUUCCCUUCCUGCAGUCUUUGCCGGAGGAUGUCAUCAUGAAAAUGUCUGAUCUGAUGGAGGAGACACACUACAGCGAAGGGGACUACAUCAUUCGAGCUGGGGCCACAGGAGACACCUUUUAUAUCAUUACCAAAGGCCAGGUAAAUGUGACAGAAAAGAAGGCAGGCCAUGAAGAGCAGAUUGUCCUCUCUAAGCUGUCUGAGAGAGAGUGGUUUGGAGAGAAAGCUCUGUGGGGAGAGGAUGUUCGCACUGUGAAUGUGGUUGCUGCAGCUGAAGUUACAUGCUUGGUCAUAGACAGGGAAAUAUUCAUGUGUUUCAGGACUUUCAAAGACAUCCUGGGUGGGUUGGUAUUUGACUGCAGUCAUGAGGUGAAGCAAAGCCAAGAAUCCACCAUAGAGUUGGACAAGGGCCCCGAUCUCGUCUCAUCUUCCACUUUAAGUGAUUUCCAGAUUGUCUGUCCCCUGGCUGUUGGGGAGUUUGGUCACGUAGAGCUGGUGCAACUAAAGAGCAACAUCAAGUGUCUUUAUGCCAUGAGGGUCCUUAAAAAGAAGCUGAUCCUCAACAGUGGUCAACGAGAGCACAUCCUGAGAGAAGGGCGCAUCCUAUUGGAGGCUCAUUGUCCAUUCAUAGCCAGGCUUCAUAAAAUAUUUAGAGAUACAGAGUGCCUGUACAUCCUGACAGAAGCUUGUCUUGGUGGGGAUUUAUGCAACCUACUUAAAGAUAAAGGAUGCUUGGACGACUGCAGUGCCAGGUUUUACACAGCUUGUGUUGUUGAAGCCUUGACCUUUCUUCACUGUCGGGGUGUCGUCUAUAGAGAUGUAAAGCCAGAAAAUGUUGUUCUGGAUGAGCAUGGCUCUGCCAAACUGAUUGGUUCCAGGUGUCUGAAGAAGGUUGAGGUGGGUAAGAAAACCUGGACGUUCUGCGGCACACCGGGUUACAUGGCACCUGAAAUCAUCUUGAACAAAGGCCACAGUACUUCUGCUGACUUCUGGUCUCUUGGCGUUUUAGUGUUUGAACUUCUGAGUGGUUGGCUCCCGUUCAGUGAAGCUGAGCCGAUAAAUAUUCUCUCUGCAACCAUUCGUGGCAUCGAUCAGAUAGACUUCCCUAAAACCAUCAGCAAAAGCGCCUCAAGUCUCAUCAAGAAACUGUGCAGGACCAAUCCCUCUGAGAGACUGGGCAGUCACAGAAAUGGGGCCAAGGACAUUCAGAAGCACAAAUGGUUUGAAGGAUUCAACUGGGACGGACUCUGUAAAGGCACGCUAAACCCUCCAAUUAUUCCCAAAAUGAAGGAUCCUGUGGACAGCACUGCAUCGUGCAGUCAUUACACUGAGGGAUCGGAGCUUUGCACAAACUGGGAUGAUUUCUGAUCCGUCUGACAAUAUUCCAUCACUUUCAGGUCUAUUCCUCAUUCACUGCCCUCAGUCUUACUGUUAUCAAGAAUGAAUUAUAUUUUCAGAUAAAAGCAUAUUUUCCACAGUAUCAGUCACUGCAGAUAUUGUUUGAUAAAUGAACCACGCUGCCUCCUGUGAUGAACUCCGACUGUUUGUGAUGUCCCUAUA